CGCGGUACGCAACGCGCGCACGCCGUGAUAUUAAAAAAAAUAUUUUUAAAAACUAUCCAUUGAUUGUCUGUGCCGUGUUUGCGCGCGAAAAGUGACAGUGACGUAUUCCUAUUCCAUAUUUUGAAUUUCGAAUUUCAACUUGUGCUGUUUUUGGUGACAUUUAUUUUUAAUUUCAAGAGGCGUUUUUCUGGAUAAACUACCUUCAUGACUGACAAAAUGGCGACACCUACAGAGUUACCAGCGGAGCGAGUGAAGCAAAUGUUCAGCUGGACCACUGCAGAGACCUCGCCUCCGUCGCCGAACGGCGAUGCGAAGGACUCUAAGAUGAGUCAGAUACAAUUCUCGACACCUUACGACAAACAAGAGAACGCGUGGCACAAACAGCAAAACGCGGUGUGCGUCCGACACGCGUUCAAACACUACGGGUCCAACAAACGACCUAACCAUGUGCUCAGCAACCUCAACAUGACUGUAGCUAAAGGGACCAUAUAUGGUCUCCUGGGUGCCUCAGGCUGUGGCAAGACCACGCUACUGUCCUGCAUCGUGGGACGCCGCAAGAUGAAUAGCGGCGAAAUCUGGGUGCUCGGAGGAAAGCCUGGGACCAAAGGCUCAGGAGUCCCAGGCAAACGCGUGGGUUACAUGCCCCAGGAGAUCGCUCUGUACGGCGAGUUCACCAUUCGCGAGACUAUGAUGUACUUCGGCUGGAUCUUCGGUAUGGAGACGAGGGAGAUCGUGGAGCGUCUGCGCUUCCUUCUGGAAUUCUUGGACUUGCCGAGUGAGAACCGUAUGGUGAAGAAUCUUAGUGGCGGUCAACAGCGCCGUGUAUCCUUCGCCGUGGCUCUCAUGCACGACCCUGAGCUUCUCAUCCUUGACGAGCCAACAGUGGGAGUGGAUCCCCUGCUCCGUCAGUCCAUCUGGACGCAUCUCGUGCGCAUCACCAGCUCGGGAGACAAGACUGUUAUCAUUACCACGCAUUACAUCGAGGAGGCGCGGCAGGCGCACUGUAUCGGUCUGAUGCGGAGCGGUCGUCUGUUAGCCGAGGAGUCCCCUCAGGCGCUCCUCACGAUGUACAACUGUAUAUCGCUGGAGGAUGUCUUCCUCAAGCUGUCGAGAAAGCAAGGUCAAGCGAACCAGGUGGUUGAGCUCAACGUGUCCGGCGGUGGCCUAGGGCUGAACAAGCUGUCCAAACGCGAGGAAGCUCCCUACGCUGCUGAUGAUCCUCAGGCCAAGGGACUGUACUUCUGUCAGAGCAAGGAGGUGCUUAUCACGGAGGGCGCCCAAUCCAAUGGAGACCUACCCGGAAAACUCACCCAGCCUAGAGGACCACAAAUCGACGUUUGCGAAGAUCUUUUCAAUUUAACAUCGCGAGGCAAAAUAAAGGCGUUGAUCCAGAAGAACUUCCUGCGAAUGUGGCGUAACAUCGGAGUCAUGCUGUUCAUCUUUGUGCUGCCUGUCAUGCAAGUCAUCCUGUUCUGUCUCGCCAUCGGUCGUGACCCUAGUGGACUCAAACUGGCCAUAGUGAACAACGACGUGAACGUGAUCAACGGCCUCUGCCCCUACAACUCUUCCUGCUCUAUGAAGAACCUCUCCUGUCGCUACCUGGACCAUCUUCGAAACGCUUCUAUAAUAAAGGAGUACUAUGCAGACUUAUCUUCGGCGCUGGCCGCUGUAAGGGAGGGAGAAGCGUGGGGCGCGAUAUACUUUAAUGAGAACUAUACGGACUCUUUGGUGGCGAGACUGGCUCUUGCGGAUACGGCUGACGAAGAAACCAUCGAAUCUUCAGAAGUGCAAGUGUGGCUCGACAUGUCCAACCAGCAGAUCGGACUUAUGCUCAACAGAGACAUACAGUUCUCAUACAGGGACUUCGCUAAGGACUUGCUGGCGACUUGCGACUACAACCCGAAGGUGGGAGACAUCCCGAUCGACUUCAAGGAACCCAUCUAUGGCGACAACAACCCGUCUUUCACUGACUUCGUAGCUCCUGGUGUUAUUCUAACGAUCGUGUUCUUCCUUGCCGUAGCCCUAACCUCAUCAGCUCUGAUAGUCGAGCGUAUGGAAGGUCUCCUGGACCGCUCGUGGGUGGCUGGAGUGUCGCCCGGCGAGAUCCUGUUCUCGCACGUGGUGACGCAGUUCGUGGUGAUGGUGGGGCAGACGGCGCUCGUGCUCGUCUUCAUGAUCCUGGUGUUCGGGGUAAAAUGCAACGGGAACAUCGCGCUGGUCGUCAUGCUUACGCUGCUGCAAGGUCUCUGCGGAAUGUGCUUCGGCUUCGUAAUCUCCGCGGCGUGCGAGCUAGAACGCAACGCGAUUCAACUUGCCCUGGGCUCUUUCUACCCCACCCUCCUCCUGUCCGGGGUCAUCUGGCCCAUCGAGGGCAUGCCCUGGAUCCUUCGCUACGUCUCACUUUGCCUCCCUCUCACUCUAGCCACGACUUCCCUGAGAUCUAUCCUGACUAGAGGCUGGCCGCUAGCGGAUCCUGAAGUGUAUAUGGGCUUCGUGUCAACUCUGAUUUGGAUCGCGAUGUUCUUAGUGGUGACACUGACGAUAUUGAGAUUUAAGAGGGGUUAAGAGGUAGGAGAUGGGACGUUAGGGGGAUACAAUUUGUGGAAAAGCAGAAUGUGGAUUUCAUCACAGACAUGUCCUUGUUCAAGUGUUCUUUCAGACAUUCCAAAGUAAAAUCUGAUCAUCAGAGAUCAGGUCAUUAUUACACAUGACAAUUUUGAUGGAAAGCCUCUUUUUUUAUUUUGUGUAAAGCUUAUAGCCUAGUUCUAACAUUAAAACUAUUGUAUGAUUAUGCUUUUCUAUUUUAAGAGAAAUCUCAUUGUUAUUCUGGAAGCUAUCUACCAUUUUUCCCCUGGUGGGACGUGGUGAUUUUUCCUUUACCAAAGCUACUAUGACCUUCAUAGUUCCGCUUUCUAUUAUCCCACUUCUGAAGUCUCGUUAGACAGUUACAGAAAGUUGUUUAAAUUUUUACUUUUUUUUAGUUUGAAUAGGUAGACGUUUGACCACUAUGAUUCUGCUGUAUUUUCUGAUUUUGUCCCCUCUGUAUAACGUCCCCUGGUUAUGCUCAGUAGUGACAAAGGUGUAGGGAGUGUGGGUUCCAUCCUGCCGUGCCGCCCGGAUGGCCUCAUACAGACGUUUCAAAUUUAAUUAAACUGUCAUAUAAUUUAGAUUCUGACAUUUCUAUUUGACAUUUGUAAAGACUUCCGUGGUUUAAGUUUAGGUUUAGUUUUCCAAACGUUUGUAUGGUGUCUUAAGAUGCUUAUACACUUGCUAUAUAACGCAAAAAUGACACUUCGUUAUGAAUGAACACUACAUUAUUUCCAGAUUUUUAGAUGUUAUGUUUUGUGUUGUAUAACUAAUGUAAAAGUGCCUUUAUUUUCUUGCUGAGCGGGUUAUAUUUGCUCAAUCCGAACAAACUGACUUAGUCCAUAGCGAAUGACUGUUAGUCAAAUGUAAAUAUUAGUAUUGUAUUUAUAAUUUAUCGAUAAGUACGUAGGUACUCUAGGUUUUCGGGAAUGUUAGCAAUAAUAAGUUAGUCUCGCUUGAGGGGUUUACGGUUCCUUCAGACGAUCGGACGAUGGUGAAUGUUCGAUCGUGUCGAGGGGGCGUUAUGGGCUUACUAAGGACUUCUGUUGAUACCUGAUUAAAAGUUACCAAUAGCUUAAGAUGGUGCCAUAGACAUAGUGAUUGUACCCCAAGGAUUGGAUCUAUUUAUUCUUGCUUUUAACGCCAUGCGCCAUCUUUGAAACAUUAAAAAACAGUUUAAAAUUUGACAUGGACAAUGAUAGCUUUACAGUGUGAAUUAUAAAUGUAAUCUUAGUUUUAGUUGUACAGUAAGAUAGUUUAACAUUUUGUAUUGACUUGGAAGCCGAUGUGUCAACUAUUAGAAAAAAAAGUGAUUUUGACAGUUGAGACGUCUGCCGCCAUUUCUUAGCAGGUUUUGACAGUUGUGUGGUAUUGCAUGUGUUGAAAAUUUUAGUUUUUUUUUUAAAUAUGAGACGGUUUAGGUUAAGCGCUUGUUUUGUACCGGCUUCAUGACUAGAAAUACGUGUAAAGUGGCAGACUGUGAUUAUUUUUGCUAACAUUGACAUUUUUGUAAUGAUUAAAUAUACAAUUAUACCGUACCAAAUACA